AUGAACAUACCAACUGCUGAGAAAUUAUCUGACCUCGAAAAAGGUCCUGAACCUCACCCGGUAUCGUCGUUACAAGACUCGACGGGAACAGGAACAGGGCCUAGUCCAAUAAUUCAUGUCAAAGCUUUCGAAGAGGGCGAUCCAGAAAAUCCUCACAACUUUCCAUUAUCUAGGAAAUUAUAUCAUACCAUAGUUUUGGUGCUAUUCUGUUUUACUUGUUCAAUGUCUUCUGCAAUGUACACACCUGCCCUAGGGGAUAUAGAGGAAAAGUAUAAUGUUACGAGAGAAGUGGCCCUCAUGAGUACCGGAGUUCUUCUAAUGGGAUUUAUUAUUGGUCCGAUUAUAUGGAGUGCAGUAAAUGAAGCAUUUGGUAGAUGGUACUCUUGGACAAUUGGGUUUUUCUUAUUUCAAUUGUUCCAAAUUCCUACAGGUGUUGAUCCAAAUUUCCGCACACUUUUGGUGGGUAGAUUUUUUCAGGGUCUGUUUGGAGUGAGUACCUUGGUGACCUUUGGGGCCUCUAUGAGUGAUAUUUGGGGAUAUAAAACUAGAGGGUUUAGUGCCGCAAUUGCUGUGUUCAGUAUUUUCGCUGCUCCAGCUCUGGGUCCAUUUAUUGGAUCAUUGUUAGUUGAAUUCGCAGGAUUUGGAUAUAUUUCUUGGUUAGUGAUGAUGCUGGGUGCAAUUUUGCUGGUCUUAAAUAUGUUUGUGAAAGAGACUGCAGCCCCAGUGAUAUUCCAUAGAAAAGCUAUUAGAAUGCGAAAGGAAGGUUUGAAUGCUAGAGCUCCUAUUGAAGAGGUGCCUCCAACUCUAAUGAAUUUAGCUACAAAGUACUGCAUUCGUCCCUUUAUUAUGUUGGUAGAAGAUAAGGCUCUGGCCUUUCUAUGUGUUUACGCUGGUAUUUCCUAUGGGUUGCUUUAUACCAUCUUGAUUGCAUUGCCCGUGACAUUCGCAGAAUACCGCCAUUUUUCGUUUAUUCCUACUUAUCUCCCAAGUAUUGCAGUUCUGGUUGGAGUUGUGAUAACCUCAUUACAUUUGUGUGUGACCAACGGAGCAUACAUUCGUGCCGCUGAAAAAGCCGGUGUGUUGAUGCUACCCGACCAACGACUAAAACCUAUGAUGUGUGGUGCCAUUUUUCUUCCAAUUGGUUUAUUUAUCUUUGGAUGGACAGCCCCAUUCACUAAUGUUCAUUGGAUGGGCCCUAUUGUUGGUGCUGCUAUUGUAGGAUAUGCGACUUCUAUUAUCUUUAUUGCGGCCAUUAUGUACAUGAUCGAGUCAUAUGGCCAUUUUGCAUCGUCUGCCUUUGCUGCUAAUGCAAUAAUCCGAUCUAUGGUUGCAGUGUUGUUUUUGCUAGUUUUUUCGCGGAUGGUAGAAGCAAUGACUUUGCAAGGUGCAUUCUCGUUUUUCGGCGGCAUAUCCAUCCUUAUCGCACCCGGUCCGUUUAUCCUUUUCAAAUAUGGGAAGGUAUGGAGAUCCCUAUCUAAAUGGACUCCUUAA